AUGUCAGCUCAUGAAGGUGUUAGCUGUGACGCUUGUAGUAAAAGUAAUUUUCGUUCAAAACGUUAUAAAUGUUUAAUUUGUUAUGAUUAUGAUCUUUGUUCAACAUGCCAUGAACGAGGUGAAACAUCCAGCCAUCAUACAAUUGAACAUCCUAUGCAAUGUAUAUUAACACGUCAAGAUUUUGAUUUAUAUUAUCAUGGAGAACGAUAUACAUCUGAUUCAGCUCAAUCAUUUACUUGUCCAUUUUGUGGUGAAUUGGGUUUCUCACUUCCAUUUAUAAAUGAUUCAUCAACACAAAAUCUUGAUCUUUUUCAUCAUCUUCAAUUAAAACAUGCUGAUGAACAACAAUCUAAUGAAGUUAUUUGUCCUAUUUGUGCAGCUAUGACAAAUGGUGAACCAAAUUUAGUUACAGCUGAUCUUCUAUCACAUAUUGCUAAUGACCAUCAACAUCAACAAGUUCAAACACCAUCAACAGCUGGUAUCGGAACAAAUCCAUAUGCAAGACAAUCAUCAUCAUCAUCAACAAAUCGAGAUUUUGAUUUUACUAGUAGUAGUACUAGUACACGAGCUGGUUUUAGACGAGGACCAUUAAGAACACCAAGUAGACGAGGUGGUUUAGGACGAGGUGGAGGAACUGUAAGUCAACAUUUUGUUGUUGAUACCUCAUCUGUUAGUGGUGUUAAUGAUCCAAUUGCUGAUUUAUUAACACAAUUAUCGACUGUAAGACGAUUAGCAGCUGCAAAUAAUAAUACAAAUUCAUCAUCGACAACAAUUAAUUUACAAACUUUAACUCGACAACAAUAUGAACGUGAUCGUCUACGUUCAACGGGACGUUCACAUCAUCAACAACAAUCUCAUCCGUCUCAACAGACAACAUCAUCAACAUCAAAUGUUUUACCGUCAGUUGAAAAUGACUUUUUCGAUUCACUUUUUGCAUCUGCUCUUUUCAUUGAUCCAUCUUCUUCUUCUUCGCCUUCGUCAAAUAAUAAUAAUAAUAAUAGUAGUCAACAAACAUGGGCACAAAUUGUUGCUCAACAACAACCAACACCUGAUCAACAACAACAACAGCCAUCAUUAUCAUCCACAACAAAAACAUCACUGACAGAACCUGAUCCAUCAUUAUUACGAAGAUUAUGUGAUGAAUCUACGUCUUCCUCAUCUUUGACUCGAGAAAAUAAUAUUGUAGUACAACAACAAAAACGAAAACAUGAUUUUGUGCAAAAUUUACUUCUUGCUAGUUUUGUUUGUCCACUUAACGAUAACGAUAAAUAA